GCGUUUCCAUGGUAACCAGUGCGGCGUCCAGGGGAGGAACAUGUCGGCCGGGGAUGAAGGGUCCGGGCCGCGCUUCGCUUUCCGCUAUCUCCCGCAGAAAACCCUCCCCGCCUUGGAGAACGGGGACACGCAGGGCCGGCUCCGCAAGUGGUCCAUGCAUGGCAGAAUGACUGCGCAAGCAUUCAGUUUUGACCAACGUUUUAAGGCCUAUCAAAAGGACGAAUUUGUUAAGGCAUUUUUUAAUGAUCCAAAUGUUAGCGCCAAUUUGAAGUUGCUUACAGCUUCUGGACAGUGGACUACAUUAGGUACCAAAGUGAAAAAAACUGAAGCCAUGGUUGUUCCCUGUACACAAGUUUCCAUGUCAUUUUUUGACCGACUGUACUCUGAAGGAGUUGUUAGAGAAACUGGCUAUAUUGUUAAGUGUUAUGAUGACUAUUAUGAUGGCAUUCCCAUCUCAGAUGAGUUAAGAAAGGUUUUGCUUCUGGAAGAUUCUGACCAUUUUGAUUUAUUCAGCCAGUCAAAUCGUGAGGAGUUUCUCUUCUGUCUUUUUAAGCAUCUUUGCCUUGGAGGAACACUCUGUCAAUUUGAAGAUGUGCUUGGUCCAUACUUAGAAACUACAAAGGCUUUAUAUAAAGAUCUUGUAAGUGUUCAAAAGGAUCCUGAAACAAAGGAAAUAAUUAUUAUAUCAACUAUUUUCAAAGUUUCUGCAUAUGCCAGCACUGAUGGAGGGUCAGCAGGAGCCUUGACUCCACAACAUGUCCGAGCUCAUUCCUCUCCAGCUUCACUGCAGCUUGGAGCUGUCUCUCCAGGGACACUUACCCCCUCUGGAGUAGUGACUGGCCCUGGAGCUGCACCUUCUUCUCAACAUCUUCGCCAGUCUUCAUUUGAGAUUCCUGAUGAUGUACCUCUGCCACCAGGUUGGGAGAUGGCUAAGACGCCAUCUGGCCAGAGAUAUUUUCUGAAUCACAUUGAUCAAACAACAACAUGGCAGGACCCUAGGAAGGCGAUACUUUCACAGAUGAAUGUUACAGCCCCCACCAGUCCUCCAGUGCAACAGAACAUAAUGAAUUCAGCAUCAGGCCCACUCCCUGAUGGAUGGGAACAAGCCAUGACCCAGGAUGGAGAAAUUUACUACAUAAACCAUAAGAACAAGACCACAUCUUGGCUAGACCCAAGGCUUGACCCACGCUUUGCUAUGAAUCAGCGCAUCAGCCAAAGUGCUCCGGUGAAACAACCACCCCCACUGGCUCCUCAGAGUCCUCAAGGUGGAGUGAUGGGCGGGGGCAGCUCCAAUCAGCAGCAACAGAUGAGACUGCAACAGCUGCAGAUGGAGAAAGAGAGGCUGCGACUGAAGCAUCAAGAACUGCUUCGGCAGGUGAGGCCACAGGCAUUGCGGAAUAUCAAUCCCAGCACAGCAAAUUCUCCAAAACGUCAGGAGUUAGCUCUCCGUAGCCAACUUCCAACUAUGGAACAAGACGGUGGCUCUCAAAAUCCAGUGUCAUCUCCCGGAAUGUCUCAGGAACUGAGAACAAUGACUACAAAUAGUUCUGAUCCCUUUCUUAACAGUGGGACAUAUCACUCCAGAGAUGAGAGCACAGACAGUGGCCUCAGCAUGAGCAGUUAUAGUGUACCCAGAACCCCCGAUGACUUCUUGAACAGCGUUGAUGAAAUGGAUACAGGCGAUAUCAGCCAAAGUAACAUACCUUCCCAUCAGAACCGUUUCCCAGAUUACCUUGAAGCCAUUCCAGGGACAAACGUGGACCUUGGGACACUGGAAGGAGAUGGGAUGAAUAUAGAAGGAGAGGAACUGAUGCCAAGUCUGCAGGAGGCUUUGAGUUCUGACAUCCUUAAUGACAUGGAAUCUGUGUUGGCAGCCACCAAACUAGAUAAAGAGAGUUUUCUUACUUGGUUGUAGAGGCCUCAGGGAGACUGCAUUGUAAAUCUGUGAAGGAUCUAAGGAGAUAAGACAUCUGUGCCUGAAGUUCAAAACAAGCCAAUGUGGCAUACUUUUGGUUUGUGGUCAGAAAAAGUAAAUGAACAAAUAUUCAACCAGAUUCUUUCAUCCAACAUUUUGCUCUUCCUUGUCCAUCGCUGCUGUUAUAGAUUGCUGACCUCUCUCACAGUUGACUCUGAAGAAUAGACAUCUUUGUGAUCUUUUUCUAUUGAUGUUUCAACUACUGUUCAAUUGGGGGCAGGGGGAUGAUGAGCCUGUUUGGAUGACGAAUGCCAUUCCUUUUGUACUAAUAUGCGCUUGCAUAUCAUUUUAUCUAAGGACUUAGAUUUGUGAGUUAACAUCUGCAUGUCACCACUUGUAGUUUGCUCAGCUAGUUGUCUCCUCUGCUGCCUGUGGCAAGUGGUAAAACACAACUUACCGGUCUGAAAAGCCCAAAAAAGAUGUAUCUGGUCAAAAGAGGUCAAUACUGAUUUGCAGAUAUAGCGCAAAGGAGGGCCGAAGACUGUUUGACAUUUCGUGUUUGUUACUGCUAGCUCUUUUGUUAGGCAACAGAAUGUUCUUGUUCAUAUUUUAUGGUAUAGUAAAUCAUGAGUCAUUUUAUAUAGAAACUUAUAUCAACUUUGAUUUUUACCACGUACUCUAGGCUAACUUUUGUCAGUCAAAAACCAGAGGAGUUUUUGUUUUGUUUUGUUAGUGAAUUUAAUUAUAGAUGUAGUUUGGAAAGUAAUUGUAGGUGUUCUUUUUUUAAUAGUGAAAUCUAAAUUUUCUGAUUUCACAUAGUCUUAUUUAAGUCUCAAUUGUCUGCUUUUUUAUAUAUCUAAAAUGUCUAUUUUAGCUAAAUAGCUAGUGAGUACAUAUGGUUUUAUGUUUUGCCUGUAACUUUUAUUUUUAAAGGCUAGCUUUGAAUGUAAUCAUUAGAAUAAAUGACCAGUGGCUUAUUUUUCAUGUCUCCUUGCAAGAAUUUGAAACUAGUAUCUGGUUGCAGUACUUUGAGACUGAAGUGUCAUAUCUAAGCUUUUAUAAUGACUUUUAAAGUAGCGGAAACCAUACACUACAUGUUUUAAUUGACUGUUACAAGUAAUUUCUUGGGGUUAGGUUUCAGUUUUGAUUAAAUCAGUGAGUUUAGAUUGUGAAGUCCAUGAUGGGAGAAAACUUAAUGAAAAGUCUUCCCUUAAUUAGCAUGGAAAAAUCAUCUAAAUUGUCAUCUCACUUUCUACUGUAAUGAAAACACUAAAAAAAAAAAAAAAAAAAAGACUGUCCUAAACAAAAUAAGUAUUUAGUUCUGUGUGGUGAAAAAUAAGCCCUGGACACUAUGUGUAGAAGACUGUAAAGAUAUGUGUUAGAUGGUGACAUGAGCAGGUAAUGAAGUGUAUAUUAGUAGAGUUUAGUGCAGGGGUAGAGAUGAAUAUGACUUACCUAUAUUUUAACAGGGAAAGAUGUAACACUAAAUCAUCUGCAGGAGUUGACACAGUUUCCAAAGAGUAUUUUUAAAUGAACAAAAUGAGCAUGAAUCAAACUUUCAAUAUAAGCUAUGAAGUAAUUUUUUGAUAAAAAUAGUGGCACCAGCUAGCACCUCUGUAAUUAAGGGUUUGGGGGUCUGUCAGCAUUCACAUUAUAAGUCCUUAUUUUCAAGGAUUUAUAACUGGACCAUAAAAAGACUUCAGGUCUGAAACUUGGUAUGAAAAGUCUCAGCCUGAAAGGAAUUUUUUUAAAGAAAUUGUUUUUAAAGGGCUUGACCAUUGUUUAAGAUAUAGGAGUAAAUUGAAAAAAAAAAAAAAGAAUGGACUGAGUUGUCUUUCAGUUCUUCUGUGCUCCAAAAACUUUAAAUGGCUGUAUUUUAUAAUAAUUUGUAGACUGUUAACCUAGAAGGACUCUUUCGUUCUGGAGUUUUAAAAUUUGCUUUAAAAAUGAAAGCAACAGAAAUUGAGAUGUGAAAAAUUGCUACUAAGUAUACACAUUUACUAUUUCUCAUAAGGAUUUUAGUACACAGAACUUACAAAAGCAUAUGUGGAUUGUUGCAGAGUAUGGUUUUUAAAAUGUUGAUUCCCACUGUGGCAUCUUAACAGCAGUCACAUUGUACUAUACCAAUAGUCCACAGAUUAGUAAGCCAUUUACAUGCACAAUAACAGAAACAGCCCUUGGAACAGUAAAUUGUGUCCAUAAUAGGGAUUAUAGGAGCAUCUCACACUCCCAUUAAAAGUUCUUCCCUCUUUCCUUCCACCACUUAAAAAAAGAUAUUUUAAAAGACACUACAUUGUUUAAAAUAACUUGAAUGGUCUGAUCUAAAACCACAAAAGCAAGGAAAUUCAGAGUUUUGAUGAGCGUGGGUCAAGUUUGUUUGUUUUUUCCUUGCUUUUAUGUGUUUCUCAUAGCUUUAACUUUGGAAUGUUUUCUUAUUGUAAAAACUCUAAAUAGCGUAUACUAUAUUUGGAUAGCACUGCUGGGGUAGGUACUGACAAACUGGGAAUUCUUGAAUUGCUCUGACAGUAAACCUGUUUUGUGAUUCUUUAAUCAACUUUAAGACAUUUCCGUUCUCUUCCAUGUAUUAGGGAAUGUUUAGAGAUGCUGUACUGUUGGCAACUGAAACUGAUUUGGAUUUUAUUCUGCAAAAGCAGAAGUGAUGAAGUGGUUAAAAUUUGUUUGAUCUACAAGAGUGUGUUGGGUGGUAUUUUAUACUGAUUGAUGUAUAUAUUUAAACAACAAAAAUCAUUGUCCUGAUGUUAUAGUUUCUAGAUUUAAGUAUACUGUGUUCAGAAUACAGAGGAGGCAUAUUAACUCUACCGUGCUAUAGCAGUACCUUAGCUGACAAAUGCUUUGGAAUAGGCUACAGUGUCAGUAAAUCACAUGGAUCAAAAAUUGUACCAAUCAGUGUUGGAACUGAAGCAAUGCAAAAGAAGAAGAGACAAUUUCAACAGGAUUAACACUUUACAUAGCUUUUGCACAUCUGGUGAAUUAGUACUAAAGUGACUUUUCACUUGCAAGCAUGGUUUUUAUACAAAUAGCCAGUGUGCCUGUCUAAAAUAAUUACUUGUUUUUCUGUAUCUUGAAAAAGUACUCUCCACAUUUUAAAUGUUCUAUAUUAGAGAACUCUUAAAUGCACCAUUGUCAAAAAUAUAUAUAUAGUUAUCCAUGUUACUUUUUAGAUAUAAGAGCAUGCCUGUUAGGUACCUAAGUAAAUUCUGUUACAUUAUUUUUCUUUAUGUAAUACUUUUUCAGUUGUUUUAUGUGAUAUAAAUAUAUACUUUGUGCUUAAAACAUUUUGUUUGUUUUUACAUUUAAUAGUAGAUAAAGCUAUUUGAUUGCCUUAAA